GGGGCUUGUGGGCGUGGUAUGUUUUAUCUCCCAACCAAUGGUAGCCGCACAGGAGGGGACCCACGAGGGAGCGGGGGGACGCGUGCGAGACUCCGGAAAGCGACUGAAUCCCGUGGGCAGAGCUUGUUUUCUUUUUCGACCAAUGAGAGAGAGAGUUACCUCAGGAAGGGGCGGGGAGCGUCAGUCAAAGCGCGCGCGGGGGGGGGGGGGAAGCCGGGAAAACUGAAAACCCCCGCGUUUGUGGGCGGGUCUUGUUUCGACUUCCAACCAAUGGCAGCCGCCGUUACCUCAGGAUUGGACUUGAGCGAAAGAGCGCGGGCUGGCGGGAAAAUUUCUGAGGUGAAAACGGCGGCCUUCUUUUCACCCCUCGGCGGAGGCGACGGAAAGAAUCAAGGCCUCUGCGCGCGCGGCCGGCGAUGGAUCCUGCCGAAGUCGAGUUCUUGGCCGAGCAGGAGCUGGUCACCAUCAUCCCCAACUUCAGCCUGGACCGCAUUUACCUCAUCGGGGGUGACUUGGGUCCUUUUAAUCCUGGAUUGCCUGUGCAAGUUCCUAUGUGGCUGGCGAUCAACCUAAAGCAGAGACAGAAGUGUCGACUGAUAGCUCCAGAAUGGAUGGAUGUUGAAAAGCUGGAACAAAUCCGGGACCAGGAACGCAAAGAAGACACUUUCACCCCCAUGCCAAGUCCUUACUACAUGGAAUUAACCAAGCUACUGCUAAACUAUGCUGUAGACAAUAUUCCAAAAGCUGAUGAAAUCCGAACAUUGGUUAAGGAUACCUGGGACACUCGAAUAGCAAAGCUCCGGUUGUCUGCAGAUAGCUUUGUCAGGCAGCAGGAAGCCCAUGCCAGGCUGGAUAAUCUGACUCUGAUGGAGAUCAACACCACUGGGGCUUUCCUUACACAAGCUUUAGAUCACAUGUACAAGCUACGUACAAAUCUCCAGCCUGGAGAGAGUGCCCAGUCCCAGGACUUCUGACAGCUGAAAUCCUCAGUAAAAUGGAAGCCAGGCAUUUGGGCACUUUCCUGAACCUUAAAGAAACCACUUCUUUAAAGUAACGCUUGAAAAGGUGUUUUGAAACCAGGAAUAGAAUGUUAGAGAAGCUUUCCCUGCAAUUCCAUCCUUGGUGGUCUCGACUUGGGAAGUACAAAGCUGUAGCUUUAUGGCUGGAUCCAGUCUGCCAGUGGUAUGGAGGUUGUGUUCUCAGCAUUUGUGAUGCGUAUCCCCUUGCUGCAACAAAAUCCUUGACAAAACAGCUGGUGUCACCUGAAAGUAUGCUUGGCUCCCAUUUGGCUGUCCUUCCAAGAUGAAUUGGCUGCAACUCUCUACUGCAGUCAUGCUUCCUCAUUGCUUUGUUUUACUGUUGGUCUAAAAGCAGAUGAAGAAAGCAAAUCGGUUCCCUAUUCAAAGGAUCCAGUGCCUCAGUGGGUCCUUAUAUUCUGAAGCAUCUGGGAGAGAUGACAGAAUGAGACUAUUUUAAACACCUGGCUGCACAGCUCCCCGGAAGGCCUGCCUGAGGAAUGAUAUGUAACUGCUAACCCAUCUCUCCAGGAGGGCAUAGUGCUUCCACUGUGAUACCACUUGCUGGAGUCUUGUCAGCUGUCCUUGGAGAUAAAGGACUUUCUGUGGUUUCCUUGACAGCAGCUGGUGAAGUGCACAGCUGUAUGUGGGAUGAGUGAAAAUAUGCCUGUAUUCUGUGGGAAAUGGAGCCACAAAGACGAGGCACAUCACUUUGUCUUGCGUUCUGCUUUCAGCUCUGUUCUGGGAACUGUACUUCUGAUGCACUGAAACCAGCUACUUGCCACAGCUAGAAUCUGUUCAUAUUAAUCACAUAAGUAUACAGUGGCUGAUGGUACUCAGGCUAUGAAUCAUAUAGUAAAUACUGCUACCUGUGUGGCAUACAUAUUCCAUAAAAGAAAAUGAAAAAGAAAGCAGGGCAUCUUUUAAAUGCCACUACAGAGAGAGACACUUAGGCUAUGACAUCCUGACCUCUGCUGGCUGUCCUGGGGAAUAUUUAUGAUUAAAAACAAAUCUCAAAACAGAAUUAACUUGUUCUUCAAGGUGCUGUGGGCUCUGGCUCAUAAACACAUUUUAAUAAAUUUUGUUAGCCUCUGAGGUGCCCCUGAAUCCCUCUUUAAAAUAUUAUAGUGUGUACCUGUAAUAACCUUUGUUUAUCAAGAAUUGCUUGAGUGUUUGGAGAGCUUCAGUGUAAUUUCAGUUCAUUUUCUUUUUUUAACCUUUUAAAACAUUUUUCCUGA